AUGAAAGAAUCUACUACUACUGUUACUACUGAAAAACCAAUAACCAGCGUUGAACCCACAAAACCAACUGAACAAAAGAAAGAAUCUUUGGAUGAAACAAAACAAAAAGAAGAAACACCAAAGGAACAAAAAGAAGAGCAACCCACACCUACCACCUCUUUGGAAAAGUCUCAAGAAGAAAAACCAAGCUUUUCGUUCACUUUCCUUGCCAAGCCAACAGAUCCUGCUGUUAAAAAGCCUGAAGUCUUUGAGUCAAAGAAGAACGAAACAACGAUCUCGGCAGCCCCAGCAAUGACAACGGAGCCAAAAGCUAUCACAUCUAUCCCAGAUGAGUCAGAUAGAUCAGUCACACCUGUUUCAAUUUCUUCGUCAUCGGAAGAGGAAGAAGAGGCUCCAAAAGAACCAUCUGGAUUCAAGUUUACAUUCCCAACUGGAGGCGUUUCAUUCCCUUCUACAACCUCGACCAUGACUCAAAAGGACGAAAGUAAUCAAGAAAAGGUUGAAGAACAUAAGAUCGAAAAUGAGAGACCAAAGCUUUCUGCUUUCUCUUCAUUUAUAAGCCCACCUAUAAUUUCAUCAAAAUCUCCAGAAACAACAUUAGAAACCACAGCAACCACUACUGGCUUUAAUUUUGUUAAACCUUCAACAUCAAUUACUAGCACCAAAGAAGGCGACUCUGAAAAGCCACAAACAAACGGAGGAUUUGUAUUUACAGCAACACAACCAGCAUCCUCUGCUCCAAGCUUUAGCCUCUCAACAAAGAAGACUGAAGACAAGAAAGAUGAGACAGUAGCUUUCAAAUCUCCUGUCUCAACUUCCUUUUCAUUAAGCCUUGGUCCACCAAAGAUUUCUGAAGAGAAGAAAGAUUCAAGUAUGCCAACAACUGGAGGUUUUAAUUUUGGAGGCGCUUUUGUGCCACAAAAACCAAUAGAGUCCACAGAAGAAAAGAAAGAUACUACAGAAACAACUGGGUUUAAGUUUACUGGAUCUGCAACCCCUUCUUUUUCUGUCACAUCCUCUCCACCAGAAAAGAAGGACGAGCCGACAUCUUUUGCACCAAACAUUUCAUUUGGAAGUUCAAACAAAACAAGCGAAUUGAAGUCAUCAUUUUCAUUUGGAGGAGCAAGCACUGGUGGUGAUAAGCCAACAUCAUCGGGCAUGUCAUUUUCAUUUGGAGGAGCAACUGUACCUUCAGUACCUACAUCCACUCCUGUUAAUUUCUCAUUCGGUAGCUCUGUACCCAAAGAAGAACCAGCAAAAGCCCUAGAAGACAAACCACAGACAGAACAAGCUAUCAAACCUGCAUUUUCAGGAGUAGGAUCCUUUUCUUUCAACAAGCCAUCCUCAGAUAACACUAGCACAGGUAGUGGAGGCAAUGAAAAAGCAUCAAUAGCACCAAGCUCUUUCUCAUUUGGGUCCAUUGCAAAACAAUCAGAUUCUAGCUCAAUCACUCCAACUUCCAAUGUUGGCUUUUCAUUUGGAGCACCAUCGACAGGAGCUGCUUCUCCUCCAACCAGUGUGACCUCUGCAGAAUCCAAACCACUCACUUCAUUUACAUUUGGUACCACCCCAUCAGAUACAGCUUCAAAUGAUACCAAGUCCACUUUCUCCUUUGGUGGCUCAUCCAUUCAAACAACAGCUACCGAUACAUCCAAACCAAGCUUGUCAUUUAGCUCUGGAGGUUUUUCAUUUGGUGCAAAACCUGCUGCUCAAGAAGCACCAUCCUCAGGUGCUCAAACAGAAAAUAAGUUUGUUUUUGGAGCUCAAAACAAUCAACCACCAACCUCUACUGGAUUUACUUUUGGACUUGGAACCCAACCAACCGUUGCAACUUCUUUUUCAUUCAAUGCUCCUUCCCAACCAACAACAACUGCACCUAGUUUUGGAGGCAAUUCAAUGCUUGAAGAUGAUUCUGCUAUGCAUCAAUCUGGAAUGAAUUUCCCAUCUUCAACAUUAAGCUUUACUCAACCUGCUGCUUUUUCAGCUAUUACGCCCACAACACCUUCUAUUUCCCCAUUUGGUCCUCCACAAACAAACAAUUUCUCUUCUGGAAUGGCAAACCCUUUCAAUGCCAGCGCAGCACAACCUGAAUUUCCAGAUCAAAGAAAACCUAUUAAGGCAUUAAGAAGAAGAAAAUAA